AUGGAAAUUUAUGAGUUACCACAAGGUAUAAAAGGCAUGAAAACAUUAGAUAAAUCUGCAUUUAGGAAAAUUUGUAAAGUUUCGGCAUUGAAACUGCACUGUAAAGAUAUCAGCAAAGUGAAAACGAAAAUUUUAAAGAAAAGAAUGUUAAAGAUACAAAAGGUAAAACCAGUGAUAGAAUUAGAUGACAAUGACCCAGAUAAAAAUACUCAUAAACUGAUUUUAUUUAAACCUGAAAUAACGACUGCAGAUGAUUUCACACAAGAAGAGAAAAGUAUUUUUAAAGGAAAUGAUAUCCAUUAUGAAAAAUUAGAAUUUUAUGAUUUAGAACUUAGUUUUGAUAAUUUAAGUGCUAAAGAGGUUAUUCGUGCUAUAUUACCAGAUGAUAUAAUUGAUAGUGUGUCUGGAUUUUCAAUUAUUGGCCAUAUUGCACAUUUGAAUUUAAAGAGAGAAGUUUUAGAUUACAAGCAUAUUAUUGGAGAGGUAAUCCUAGAUAAGAAUUCUCACUCUGGUAUAAGAACAGUAAUUAAUAAACUAGAUUCUAUUGAUAAUACAUAUCGCAAUUUUCAAAUGGAAUUAUUAGCUGGAGAAGAAGAUUAUGUGACUGUUUCAAAAGAAAAUGAUUGUUCUUUUCAGUUUGAUUUUUCUAAAGUCUAUUGGAAUACAAGAUUAGUUGGUGAACAUAGGUAUAUAGUUGAUUUGUUAGAGAAAACAGAUGUGUUAUAUGAUGUAUUUGCUGGAGUAGGUCCUUUCUCUAUACCUGCAGCUAAAAAAGGUGUAACAGUUCUAGCUAAUGAUUUAAAUCCUGAUUCGUACAAAGCUUUAAAUGACAAUAUAACUUUAAAUAAAGUUAAACCUGACAAAAUACAGACUUUUAAUAUGGAUGGAAGAGAUUUUAUUUGCAAUGUGGUGAAACAAGAUUUUAAGAAACGAUUAGAAAAUCAGGAUUGUGAAAAUGAAUUUCAUUUAACUAUGAACCUACCAGCUUUAGCUAUUGAGUUUAUGGAUGCGUUCAAGGAUUUAUUUAAAGAUGAAGAAAUUGCCAUAGCUCCAGAGAAACUUCCAGUGGUACAUUGUUAUUGUUUUACAAAAGAUACUGAAAAUGCUGAGAAAGAUGUUAUAGAACGUGCUGAAAGUAUUAUUGGUAUGAAAUUACCAGCCGAGUGUAAAGUGCGAUAUGUCAGAAAUGUGGCACCAAACAAAGAAAUGAUGUGUAUAAAAUUUAGAUUGUUUCCAGAAUUGGUCUCCUUAGUUACAGGUAGGUGA